CUUGCCGAUCAUGGCUAACUCCACGGCUCUCUUGCUCCUCUCCCUCGCUCUUUGCUUUCUCCCUUCUCUCGCCCAAUUCAGCUUCGGCCAGCAGGGUUCCGGCCAGCCGUUGUUGAGCCAACGUCGUCUCGGCUACCGGAGCCAAUGCCAGCUCGAGCGCCUCGCCGCCCUCGAACCUACUCGCCGCGUGCCGUCGGAGGCUGGCUUCACCGAGUACUUUGACCAAUUUCAUGAGCAGUUGCAGUGUGCCGGCGUAGUCGCCUACCGGCGCACCAUUCAACCAAGAGGCCUCGUCUUGCCUUACUACUCCAAUGCCCCUAAACUGGUCUACAUAAUCCAAGGCAGAGGUAUCUCAGGAACCGUGAUUCCUGGCUGCCCAGAGUCAUUCCAAUCUCUGCGACAAAGUUUCGAGCAACAAUGGGAAGAGGAAGUCGAAAGCCAGAGCCAACGUUUCAGGGACGAACACCAAAAGGUUCAAUUCUUCCGAGAGGGCGAUGUUCUCGCAUACACUGCCGGCCUCGCUAAUUGGGUCUACAAUAACGGUGAAGUUCCUAUCAUCGCAAUCGCUGUCGCCGACACGAGCAGCAACGCCAACCAACUCGAUCGCCAACACAGACAAUUUCUAUUGGCGGGUAGAGAGAGACGAUCCCAAGAGCAAAGCGCGCAGGCAGAGGAGAGAAUCCAGCAACAGAAGGGGAAUAACCUCCUGAGCGGCUUCGAACUCGAGCUACUGGCUGAGGCUCUGGGAGUCGACAAGGAAGUCGUGAGGAAGAUUCAAAAUCUAAACGACGACAACAGAGGCGACAUUGUUCGCGUGGAGAAAGGGCUACAAACGUUGGAACCGCAGAGGCGUGCCGAGCAGGAAGCUCGAGAGCAAGAGAGAGAGGAAAGAGAAGAGACGCGAGAGAUACCAUGCGCCCACCGUCUGUGCUACGCCCUGGGGGCAACCUACUGCACCCUCAAGAACAGACAAAACAUUGCCAAUCCCUCUCUCGCCGACUACUACAAUCCACGCGCUGGAAGACUCACGAGCCUCAACAUCCAAAAGCUUCCCAUCCUUCGGUUCAUCCAACUCAGCGCUGAAAGAGGAGUUCUUCGACGGAAUGCAAUUCAACCACCUCACUGGAAUAUCAAUGCUCACAGUAUCAUGUAUGUGGUAAGGGGAAGUGGUCGCUUGCAGGUGGUGGGCCACCGAGGUCGAACCGUGUUCGACGGCGAGCUCCGGCAAGGACAGCUGUUGGUGGUCCCACAGCAACACGUAGUAGUCAAGAAGGCACAGAGCGAGCAGUUUGAGUGGAUUUCAUUCAAGACCAACGAGAAUGCGUUGGCGAGCCAUAUUGUGGGUAAAGCAUCGCUUCUUCGAGGAAUCCCGGUGGAGGUGCUGAUGAACUCCUACCGCAUCUCAAGGGAGGAGGCUCGGAGAGUCAAGUUCAAUAGAGGAAAUGAGAUAGCGAUAUUUAGCCCGCGACAGGAGAACGAAGAGUUGCGUAACGUACUCGAGAGUGUCGCAUAAUAAACAAUCAAGGUUGUAAUGGAAUAAU